AUGAUAUCAAACGAAGACGACUUUCUUUCCCAAGAAAGAAAAAAAGAAAACACCAAUUUCAGGAAACAUGAAGGUUCCGAAUUGGUCGACAAAACAAAAGUCAACUUUUCAUCUCACUUCAUGACAAAAAAUACAUCGUCUACAAACUUUUUUAUGAUGAGUAAACUUUUAAUUAAUGGAAGCGAAAUGAAAGUUCGAAAAAUAAUGAAGCACAUCUUCAACUUCAAUGAAUCAUUUGAAACUUGGAGAUCAGAUUUGUCAGUUCUUGCAUAA